CGCAUGCGCCUUGCAGCCCAUUUAAAAGCAGCGUCUGCUCGAGUGACCCGGAGAGAAGCAUCCCGUCCUCCCCUCCACCGCAGCGGCUGCAGCGCCAUGUCCAAACCCAAGUUCCAGACGGAGUGGGAGGAGAUCGACGAGGAGCACCAGCAACUACAGGAAAGUCACAAAGUAUACAGACACAAACUUGAGGAGCUCACCAAUCUUCAGAUAACGUGCAGCAGCUCCAUCAGUAAACAGAGGAAAAGCCUGAAGGACCUGAGGUACAGCUUGAGCAAAUGUGCGAAAACGUGUGACGAGAAAGAACUGAAGCUGAUCGCGGACAUCAAAACACAAAUCAAAGAUAAAGAAAAUGUCUUUUUUGAUAUGGAGGCAUAUUUGCCAAAGAGGAACGGACUGUACCUCAAUUUGGUCCUGGGCAACGUGAACGUAACACUUCUCAGCAACCAGGCAAAAUUUGCUUACAAAGAUGAAUAUGAGAAGUUCAAGCUUUACAUGACGAUAAUCCUGAUGUUUGGAGCCAUAACCUGCCUCUUCGUUCUCAACUAUCGUGUCACUGAUGAAAUCUUCAACUUUUUGCUGGUGUGGUACUACUGCACCCUGACCAUAAGGGAGAGCAUCCUCAUGAGCAAUGGCUCCAGAAUCAAAGGUUGGUGGGUGUCUCACCAUUAUGUGUCCACCUUUCUGUCUGGUGUAAUGCUGACCUGGCCGGAGGGGGCCAUGUAUCAGAUGUUCAGAAGCCAGUUUCUUGCUUUCUCUAUAUAUCAGAGCUUUGUUCAGUUCCUCCAAUAUUACUACCAGAGCGGCUGCUUGUACCGGCUGCGAGCCCUGGGAGAGAGGAAUCAGCUGGACCUCACAGUGGAGGGAUUCCAGUCCUGGAUGUGGAGAGGCCUCACGUUUCUUUUGCCAUGCCUCUUUUUUGGUCAUUUUUGGCAGCUGUACAACUCGGUGACCCUGUUUCGCUUGGCAGGACAUGAAGACUGUAAAGAGUGGCAGGUGUUUAUGUUGGCGUUGACGUUUCUCAUACUGUUCCUGGGAAACUUUCUCACCACUGUAAAAGUUGUCCACCAGAAAAUCCAGCAAAACCAGGAAAAGGGACAAAAAACUGACUGAGACAUAAACUCAACGAGACGCCUCAAAUUCUUCCAAACGGCCAGUAACUUUGAAGCAACAGGCACAGAUGGCUUGUGAGACUGACCCCAGUACGAUCGGGCCGGGAGAAGAAGAAGCUUCUCCCGGGCUUUGAUUCCUCCAGCGGGCUCCCGCCGGAGUAUCUGGAGAUCAGGCUUCCUGCUUUCUUAUGACUCGUUGUUUGUGUCACUGCUCGGUCGGUCUCCACACAAAGCGUUGUUCACCUUUCUAAGGAUGAGCCGUUUUGUUUUAUCUCCUACAUAAAACAAAGUGAGUGGAAAGAAUGUGUUGUAUUUGAGUGUUGGUGUAUGUGAGUCUGUCUGGAAGCCUUUGUUCAAAUCAUAUACAACUGAAAAAGAGGGCAGGUAGCGUCAAUAUACAGAUGGGUGACAAAUUAAAGGAAAAGCUUAUUGUGUCAGCCACCAGAACGGCUUCAGUGUGGCUCGGCAUUGACUCUAGAAGAUAUGACUGGAGGAAAAAACCCAGCUAAUGAUUCACACCAUUUUCCUACUCGUCAAACUAUUCAAUGUGCUCUCUGUGGAUUUGGGCAUCGUACUUUCUUUCCAGAUUUUCCUCUAACUUAUCACCCGUCUGUAAUUUGCCUUUUGAGGACCUAACAUCUGUUAUGUACAUACUUCAUACUUCUGUGAAGUAGCAACUGUCUUUGUCUCAGUCAAAACGUGGACAUGGUCAAAUUAGCACUGCGCAUCAUUUCUUCUACGAGUAGUUCCCAAACUCCCAAUCGAGCUGUUGCACUGCUAACCGGUGUUGUUACCUGUUUAUUUUAUUUCUAACUAAACUUUCGUUCUCAGUCAAAUAGAUUCAAUUUAAAAAAACAUAGACUUGAUACUUCCAAAGCAGGUUACAUUCAGCUUCCUGAAAACAAAUUUGUGUGAUGUUAGAACGCAGCACUGUUGUUCCCAUUAGGCAGCGUUUGCAUCAAUGUGUGUGUGUUUGAUCUAAUCCCUAAACUCUGGCUCACACUU